AUGUGUUUUAUCUAUUAAAAAAAAUAAGGGGGGGAAAAGCAUGUGGAUAGAGAUGAAGAUGGAGGAUCUUAUAAAGUAGCUGAUGAGGUGCAUAUUAACAAAGAAUCAGCACUUGAAGAAAAUACUUAUGUUCAUCCUGGUACUGGAUGACGUGCCACAUCGCUGUGUGAACAACCAAAUAGUCUCGUGCAUGAUAGCAAAGAUGUGCUUGGCGAUGCCAGGUCAAGAAACUCAGAUAUCAAAUGGUCACACCAACCAAAAGAUUUUCGUACUCAGUGGGAAAAUAAUUUCGACUAUUUAUCCGAUACCAGAGAUGGAGCGAAGUGGCAAUCUAGCGAAGAUUUAACUGUUAAAAGACAACUAACUGGCUUUAUGGAUGGUGAACUGGAAACUAUGAGACGUCCGCAGACUCCUCCAGAGGAGUUAUCACUUUUCUAUAAAGAUCCUUGGGGUCAAGUUCAAGGUCCAUUCAAAGGAAUUGAUAUUAUUGAAUGGUUCGAGGCUGAAUAUUUUGGUAUUGAUUUACUAGUUCGUCUGGAAAGUGCAGCAGCUCACUCACCAUGGUUGCAACUUGGCGAUGUAAUGCCCCAUUUACGAGCUAAAGCCUGACCACCACCGGGGUUCCCUACAACAAAACUUGACACUACUGAGGCACCUGUUCGACAAAGUUCUAGUACCUAUGGGAAUAUUCAUAUUGGGUCGAGUGAGGUUGAGAUGUUGAGAAAUAAUUCCAUGCAUAGAUUGGGUUCUGCUACUGAAGCUGAAAAUAAGUUUUUGGAGUCAGUCAUGUCUGGUAGCAAGAACAGUCCCCCACUUGAAAACCUGACAUUAUCUGAAGGAAUACAAGGAUUUACUGGAAUCAGUUCUGCUAAUUUGGGCCCAUCAGAGUUGAUGGUGGAAACAACCCAUACUUGCUGGACCAGAGGAUGGCUCUUGAACGACAGAGGUCCUUAUCAAAUCCUUAUCCAUAUUGGCCAGGGAUUGAUGCAGCAUCCCUUCCUCCAAAAUCAGACAUUGUUCCAGAUGCAUCACCACAUUCAAAACUCAUGUCUUCUUUGAGCGACAGUUCUCGGCAACAUCAAUCCAAAAAUUCUGAGUUGAUCUCUGGUAUCCAAGGAUUGUCUGACGGGGCGUCUACAUGCUUAAGUAAUGGUGUUUCCGGUUGGUCAAAUUAUCCCUUACAAGGUGGACUGUAUCCCCUUCAGCAUAACAUUGACUUGCAUUGUGAUCAAAAUUUUAUACCAUUUGGAAUGCAACAACAAAUGUAUCAAGCGCCAAACCAAUUGUCUUUAAACAACUUAAUAGCUCAAACUGCAGAUAACCCAUCUAUUAUUUUGUCUCAGGAUCCGCAUAAAGUGAACAUGUUGCAACAACAAUACUUGCUGCAGUUGCAUUCUCAGGCCACUUUUCCUGCACAUCAGAUGCCUUUAUUAGAUAAAAUCCUAUUUUUCAAGCAGCAGGAGGAGCAACAACUGUUGAUGCGCCAACAAUAGCAACUACUUUCUCAAGUGCUGCAGGGGCAGCAAUCUCACCAGCACUUUGGUGAUUUAUCUUAUGGACAGUUGCAGGUUGGUGGAAUACGAAUGGAGAAUUUGCAUGUGGAACCUUCUCCACGCUAAAAGGAGCCGGAAAAAAUCUACAAAAUCAAAGGGUUCAGGGUCUAAGAUUUCAAAGCCAGUUGCUUCUGGUGAAACACCAAUAAGUUCAAGUCCCAUUGAAAAGGGAAAAAGCUCUCGCUCUGUGCAGCAGGAGAAAGAACAACUGCCUACUAUACCUUCAGGACCCUCUCUGGGAGAUUUUGUUCUUUGGAGGGGAGAACCAACAAGCCCAUCUCCUUCUCCAGCUUGGACAAUUGAUUCUGGUAAGGUUCAUAAACCACUGUCAUUAAGGGACAUUCUAAAGGAACAGGAGCAAUUUACUACCCCUCAGAAAUCACAGCCUGCCAAAUCCGCUCAGAGUAGUGGUCCUUCACGGACAAUUUCAACUCCAUCAAAAGUUGCAUCUUCUAGCCACAUAAACUCCCAAGCUUUUCAUUCAAUAUACAAAGGGGAUGAUGACAUGUUUUCGGGUGCAAUUGAGCAAUCUAAGCUAGAAACUAUGCAAUACAAGUUUCCUCGAAUUUUGCUUGAAGCAAUCAAGAUCCGAAGCAGAGAUGUUUCUGAUUGAAAAUCUUGGAUCAUAUGACCCAGAUCAUGAAUUCAUCGAUAAAUUUCUCAAUUACAUGGAGUUACUACCUUCCGAAGUUCUGGAAAUAGCUUUUCAGACUCAGAAUGAUCGGAGAGUCGGUGGAGGCGUGAUAUCUGGAAAUAUAAAUUUACAGGAUCUGCGACAGACAGAUGGAUCCUUCUCAAAAGGUGGAAAGAAGGGUAAGAAAGGGAAAAAGGUUAGUGCCGCAGUUUUGGGAAGAAAAGGAUGUUAUUGAUGAGUAAAUAAAAAUUUGCAUAUGUUUUAUACACCGACCGUCUUUUGGAUUAUCGAUCGCCUAUUGUUCCGAAGAUCAUCUGUAUUAACACUUUCUUUUCUUUUCAGUUAGAAUGUUAUCGUGUGAUUUAAAAAGAAUCUGAACUAAAAUGAGUAUGUGAUAUCCCUUGCAAAUCUCCUGGUCAUCCAUUAUUUUGAAUGCAGUAUUCAUCUCUUCUGUCUCCGGUCACAUGCUCUAGCAGGUGUAUAGUUGCAAAUCCGCUUGUAGAACAAGUAAGCAUAAGAAAGAAAUUGCUUUGGUGAAUUUAUGACAUUGCAAACAUAAAUAUGCAAUGAUCAGCAAAUUUUGUUUUUACCAUAA